UCGUCCCCUCCUCUACCUCUCCGACUCCCUCCUUUCCCACGACCCCCUCCGCCAUCCUCCUACCUUUCCCCUUUCCGGCUCUUCCCGGUUCUUCCCCGACCCUAGGGAAGAGGGGCUCCUCUUCCCGCCGCCCCUCCUGCCCUAGCCACCUACCGCUGCCCUGCCUCCCACUCUCGCCCCGCCCCGCCUUCCUCCCUUCCCCGCCCUCCUCGCGCCCCGUCGCGGGAGCGCCCCCUGCGAGUGGCGCAGGCACCAGAGCGCAGGGGUCCGACGGCCGGCGGCGGAGGAUGGCGCAGGCGAUGCUGCGUUUGAUUCUGCUGCUUCUGGCCGUGACUUUCGCAGGUAGCGCUCGGAGCAAUCCUGACGAGCCAGGACCUCCGGAGGAGCGCGGGAGAGGGAGUCACGCCGGCGGCGGCCCCUGCCCGGCUCCGGGCGGCCUCGGCGACGGCACUCAGGCCCCUCGAUUUGGUCAGGCUUCAGAAUAUAGAACGGUGCUGUUCUUACAGUGGCGGGAGGUGAGGUGUGCCGACACCAGCUUCGUGCUCAACGGGGAUGAUGACAUCUUGGCACACACGGAAAAUAUGGUCUCCUACCUGCAGGGCCAUGACCCUGGCCGCCACCUCUUCGUGGGGCAACUGAUCCGAAACCCAAACUGUGCUCAGUAUAAAUUGCCAGGAUGUCCCAGGGACUUUGACCCUGUGUGUGGCAGUGACAUGUCCACUUAUCCCAAUGAAUGUACUCUGUGCAUGAAAAUCAGGGAAGAUGGUCAUGAUAUUAAAAUCAUCCGAAAUGAACCCUGCUAAUGGAGCAGUUUACAGAAAAGAAGAUGGAGAGACCACCUUGACUGGCACACUAGAUAAAUUGCAUUUCCUUUUUUUCUCUUUUCCUAUGUUUCUUUGCAUGAGAUUUGUUAACCCACAUUUUCUAAGCGGAGAUAUGGAAGACAGCCAUAUGUAGUGAUGGAUAAUUUAAAGAAAAAAAAGAAUCUUCGUUUCUUAGCUUUUGCUCCUAGAGUUAAGCUUACUGCCUAGAUGACUUGUGCAUUGGUUUAUUCAGCUGAAAUAAAAUCAGCAUUGAAUUCA